AUGAGUUUAGAAUUGCUACCCAAUGAAAUCUUACUUGAUGUUUUUGAUUACUUGAAUGGCAUUGAUCUUCUGCGUACAUUUUAUGGGCUCACAUCUCGUUUUAAUAUCCUUCUUCAUGAACGGUUUCAAAAUUGUUCUAUCGAAUUGAAUUCAGUGUCAAAGCGUGAUUUCGAUAGGAUAUGUCAACAACAUCUACCAGCCAUGUCCGAUUAUAUUGUUGCUCUUAAUAUUUCUGACAGUGAAGAAACUCCAGCACAAAUAAAACAAUUUCUUCAAUAUGUUCCAUCAUUCAAUGGAUUCACUCGACUUCAAUCUCUUUCAUUAUUUAAUCUUCGUUCAUAUCAUACACUAAGAAAAAUCAUUGAACAAUGUUAUAAUCUUGGUAAUUUGACUCAUUUAAACUUUUUCUCUUGCUAUUUACAAGAGAGUCAAGUUGACUUUCAAUUAAUCGUUAAUCAUAUUUGGAGUUUAUCCAAACUAAUUUAUUGUUCGUUUGGUAUUGGAAUCAAAGGUCAGUGUUUGUUUGGUAUACCAACAAAAAUUUCAUUGUCUCUCGAAUAUUUAUCUAUCGACAAGAAUCAAUUGAAAUUAAAUCAAAUCGAUCGAUUAAUUGAGCAUACACCUAAUCUUAAAUGCCUUUCGAUAUCUGUACCAUCGUUUGUCGAUAAUCAUUAUGUAUCAUCUCCUCUUCCAAAUCUGGUAGAUUUAAAUAUAAAUUCUUUGUUUCCAUGCAAUGCUUCGAAGAUGGAUAUUCUCUUGAAAAAUACACCAAACUUACGUCGUUUGACGGUCCUUUUAUCAUCUGAACUCAUCCAUGGUAAUCUAUGGGAAGAAAUCAUUCGUAAAUAUUUACCAAUGCUUCAAUUUUUUCGACUUAAAAUGAAAGUUAUGCUGCCACUGGGACAACAUAUGCAAGAGCGAGCUGAUGAUUUGAUCGAUUCAUUUCAAAGUUCAUUCUGGAUUGAUGAGCAUCAAUGGUUCGUGCGAUGUCUUACAUGGAAUAGAACGAUUUAUGUGUAUACUGUUCCGAAUCAAUACGAAGACAAUCUCCCCGUCUCAUUUAGAUCAACCUAUCCUUUCGACAGCCAACAAGAUUUUUAUCAAAGUAUAACUCAAAUCAUAUCUCCGACAUUAUUUGAUCAGCCCAUUCCAUCACGUAUAUGUUUGCCUAAAAUUAAUUAUCUAUGUAUAAAUCUUCCCAUAAAUGAUUCAUUCUGGUCUAUUGCUCCAAUUUUGAACCAAUUGAAAUCACUUAAAAUACUAAUGCAUACGAAUGCAUUCCAAUCUCAGGUACAAGAAUUACUUAAUCGAGCUCCUCGUCUAAUAAAACUAAGUAUUAAUCAGUACGAAUCAAUAUCAUUGCAAACAGCAUUGUUCAAAUAUACAAAUCUAUCGGUUUGUGAACUCGAUUUACGAAACAUUAACCAUCAUUUCAACGAAGAAGACUGUAUUCGAUUGAGUCGAUCGCCAUUAGGUGUUCAAUGUGAGACACUAUCUAUUUUGGUUCAUAAUCGUGACAGCAUUAUUUCUCUCGUCGAAAAUAUGCACAAAUUACGAGCAUUAAAUAUUCGAUGUAGAGAUGAAACGUAUGUUGAAUCAACAGUAUCAAUGGAAGAAAGCAGUGCAGAAUACUAUAAUGAUGAUGAAGAAAAUAAAGAUGACUGCAUACUAUGGUUAAAAACUCGUUUAUCAUCCACUUGUGUCAUCGUUAGAGAUCCAAAACUUACAUGUAAUCUUCUAAUCUGGAUCUAA